AUGGCGGCAGAUGACAGCAACACAGCAUUUGCAUCUCAGUGGCCGGACGGGUGGCGGCUUCUAGUGGAGUCUGAGAUAGACAUUAUUGUGCGCGAGCUGCGCAAGAAUGCACUCUGGGGCGAUUCGGCAGAGCGCAAUGGCCUGGGAGCGCUCUGGGUCGGAGGCGGGCGCUGGCCCGGGGCACACAAUGCUGGAAAAAGCCAGGCCGAGAUUCGGCGAGAGUUUGGCGAGCGGCGGGUUCUAGGCAAGGCUGGAGAAUGUAUUGGUUUGGCUUUGUUCUCUGACAGCAACGAUGAGGCACUCGAGGACGACUAUGCCGUGGGGCGCCUGGGCAUGUUGGAGUCGUUUCUUGCAUUGCGCGAGGUUAUAACGGGAGCAACCGGUGUACGCGAGCUGGACAUCCAGGCGGUGCUGUAUCCAUACUUGCUGGUUAUAAGAGACGCCGAGACGACAGGUCCAAUUACGCGGUGUGCUCUGGUGAGUAUCCAGCGCUUCAUAAACCACGGUAUUGUGGAUCUGGGCAGGCCGGAGGCAGUGCCGGCUCUGCUCGAGGUGACACGGGCUGUGACGCAUUGUCGAUUCGAGGCUACAGACGCAGCGUCGGACGAGGCCGUGCUGAUGCAGAUCCUCAGCGUGCUUGGUGCGCUGGUGCUGAGCCCUGGUGGCGGGCGGCUGAAUGACGUGACAGUUUGCGGAAUCAUGGAGACAGUACUUAGCAUGAGCUGCCAGAUGCGACUCAGUGAGAUGCUGCGCAAGUCGGCGGAAGCAACACUGUUCACACUGGUGACGUUUGUAUUUGGCAAGCUGGCUGAGAUUGAGGCCGAGGCUGAGUCCGAAGUUGAAGAAGAGUCAGAUUAUGACAAAGAGCAAGAGCAGGAGACCAUGGCUGCAAUGGUGAUGCCCUCACCGUCAACCAUGCUGGUCAACACGGAGCGCAGUGUUCGUGCGUCCAGCGAGCGCAUGGGAUUCGGCCUGCCAGCGAUCCGCGAGCUAUAUCGGGUCCUCGUGGCGAUGACCAACCCACAGGACCUGCAGUACACUGACUCGAUGCGGAUGCUCGCGCUCAACACGCUUCAGGCGGCCUUCCAGCGCGCCGGCGACGCAAUGGCCGGCAGUGCUGCGCUGCGCGAGCUAACGCUAGGUGGCCUCAACCACAGCCUUCUGCUGAUCCUGCAGCGCGACCAGCCAGGCCUCAUUGCCGCGGCCAUGCGCGUGCUCUUUCUUAUAUUCUCAUCGCACCGGCGCUUCACCAAGGGUCAGCUCGAACUUUUCUUCUGCCAGACUCUCGGGCGUCUCAUGGCGCCGCCCGCGUCGGAGCGGCAGGCAAGUCGCGCAGCACAGCGCUUCGGGCCGGGAUCGGGUCCUUCGACUCCUGGCUCAGCCAAUGAUAGCGGCGCAUUUGACGCGGUCGUCGAUGGUACGCGUGUGCUUGAGAUUGAGCGAGCGCUGACGCAUGCAGAGGAGGCCGCGCUGUAUCACGGAGCAAAUCUCAGGCGCGGCGUUCGUGGGCGCGUGGCUGUCGGCGAGACACGGCGGCUGCUACUUGAGGGCCUCCACCAUUUGCUGACGGGCGACGAGGCGCUGCUGACCGAUCUGUGGGUCAACUUUGACUGCGAUCUGCAACGCGGCAACAUGUUUGACUAUGUAAUGUCGCUGGUGACGCAGCGCGCAGUGGCCUGGGGCGACGGUGUGUCGGGUGAGGACGAAGCCUUUUUGGAUGUUCUGCUGUUCCACAUCGUGCGCGUUGGUGUGCGUGCAGGGGUCGCACCGCCGGGUGGCCGAUGGGGGCGGCUGCUCGGGAACGACAAGCUGGAAACUAAAGGCUCAGGGCCGAACAGCUUGGGCUUUGGAAGCUCAGAUGCCACACACAACAGCCCAAUGACACUUUCGCAGCUGCUUGACCGAAAGAGGCACAAGGACGCCAUGAUGCGAGCGGCGGCGAUUUUCAACGAGCGGCCCAAGGACGGUGUGGCACACUUGCAGACCACAGGCGCACUUGAGCAGGGCGCGAACCAUGCCGAUCAGCUGGCACAGUUUUUGCGCACGACGCCAACGCUCAACAAGCGGCUGGUGGGUGAGUUUCUGGCCAAGCCGUCCAACUUUGAAGUGCUGCAGGCGUACGUUGCGCAGUUUGACUUUGCUGGGCGCCGGCUGGAUGAGGCGCUGCGUGCGCUGCUGGGCGCAUUCCGGCUUCCAGGCGAGUCGCAGCAGAUCGAGCGCAUCAUGGAGGCCUUUGCUACGGCGUACGUGGCCAGCGGGUCGCCGGACAUUGCCACCAAGGAUGCGGCCUUUAUACUAUCGUACGCUGUGGUGAUGCUUAACACCGACCAGCACUCGCCGCAGGUGCGCGGCCGCAUGCGCCUGCCAGACUUUGCGCGCAACCUUCGCGGGGUCAAUGACGGCUCCGACUUUGGCGAAGUGUUCUUGUCUGACCUGUUCGCUGCUGUGCGCGACUCUGAGAUUGUCUUCCCAGAGGAGCACGAGGGCGCUGCCGGCUUUGAGUAUGCGUGGCGCAUUGUAACCGACAGUGAUGCUGGUGGUUGGGCGUCGACGCGCGGAAGCACUGCUGCGUACGACCACGCGCUGCUGGAGGCCACCUGGCCGCGAAUUUUGCGCGCCCUGGUGCGGGUGCUGGCGAACUUCUCUAGCGAUUACGCACUGCGUCGUGCGCUCCUAGGGCUGCACGCGCUUGUGGGCGCUGCCGCCGCGCACGGGCUGACCGCCUGCAUCGACGAGACAUUAGUCGCGUUGUCUGGACUCACACGGCUGCCAGGGGCGACUGCCCAGCCGCAGCAGGUGCUUGUGAGCCGCCGGGGCCGCCAUGCGUUGCUGCCUCCCGACACUGCCGCACUAAUGGUAGCGCAGUCGAGCGCGCAGGAGCUGGAGGCGGAGUCUGUGGUGGUGUCGCAGGUCGCGCUGGACUUUGGCGGCGACUACCACGCGCAGAUGGCGCUGGUCGCUUUGGCCGAGUUGUCCACAAUGUUCUGUAGUGCUGUCGGCAGCCGCGGCUGGGACGCCUUGAUGGCCACCGUGCGCACCGCCUCGUGCGUCGACCUGCUGCCUGCUACCGUGCUGCCCAAUGCUUGGGUUCCCCGCACCGCCACGCUGCGCGCCAUGGCUGACGCCGCCAAAAAGGACUCUGCCGCGCACAAGCAGGAGGCCGGCGGGGGCGGGAGUGGCGGGCUUUUGUCUGCCUUUUCGUCGCUCUGGGGCAACACAUCGGGCCCAGAGUCACCGCGCUCGCCCUCGCGCCGCCCCGAGCAGCUCAUGUGGCGUGUCGCGCCCGAUGCGCUUGCCGCUGUCGUUGGCCGUGCAAAAAAGGCUGUGCACGCCAGUACUAUUGCCGAGUUUGCCGAAUUACCACGCGGCAUGGCGGACGAUGCGCUGGCACGCUUUUUGCCCGCCCUGGCGCAGCAUCUGCCGCAGCCGCCUGCAGAGGGCCCGGCGGAGUACUCGCCCGCAGCCCUAUUUUUUCUCGAAAUAAUUUUGGCAUUGUUCAUAGGAAGCCCAGAGCGCGUUCCCGCACUGUGGCCGCUGCUCGAGGCGCCGGUGCAGCGCAUGCUUGAGUGCGCCGACGACAUCCAUGUUUACGAGUUGCAGCACACUGUGCGCGGUCUGUUUGCUGUCGCCACACGCGUGCUCGAGAAUGCAGACAGGACAAUGCUAGAUGCUGUCGAGAGAAUUGUUCGCUGCCUGGGCCUGCUGCGCGAUGCUGCGGACACUACCUUUGAGGCCAUUGCCGCUGAUCUGGCCACGGGCGUGCAUCGUUUGUGCGCCGCUGAUACCUGUGCGUUGGUAAGUGUUCCGAGCAUGUGGGACAUUUUGCGCCAGCUGCUCAAGCGGAUGGCCCACGCGCCGGUAUCUAUUGCCAGUGCGUUGGCCGUGCUGCCACCAGUUGUCGAGUUGCUGAAGUCAGGCGCCAUUGACCGCGCUGCGUACUUUAUGGACACGCUGGAUGUACUCUCCGCUUUCAUGCCCAGCGACCGCGCGCUGGUCACCCCCGAAGGAAAGAUACAGGUUGCCACGUUGAUCGCAGCUCUUUCGGACAUGCAAGCUGCCGCCAACGCCGAGGCUGCAGAGCCGCCUUCCGCGGACGACGCAUAUGCCAGUCUGGGGAUCCGUAGCCACCGGCGCACGCUGACAGAGCCCUCGAUUGCGUCGACAUCCUCGCGCGUGGGUAUUUCUGUGCGCAGUACCCCCUUGGCCAUGUGGACUGCGGCAAUGAAUGCUUUGGCCGCCUACGCGUGUUGCUCGAGCCGGAAUGCGCGCCAACUGGCGUGUGCCCAGAUCCAGCGAGCCGUCACGACGAACUUGCGCUCGGUUCCUUGGGUCACAGCCGCCUUCCACCGCGUUCUCUUCCCACUGAUGGACGCUCUUUUGCGCGCCGACAUGCUUGCUGACAGCUCAAUGGAGGACACGCACGCGAGAUGCAUCUCUAUGCUGACCAGCUUUUUCCUGCACAAUGCUGCCGCAUUGCACUCGGAGAAGGACAGCGAAGAUGUCGGCGCGAUCUGGUUGAGACUUAUUGGUGUUUUGGCCGCCUACGUAUACACAAGCAAUCUGGCCAGGGUAUCGUUACCUGGUGCUGGCUCCGAGGAUGUUGCUAGAGGACAUUUGGGCGUACUGGGCGAGAUGGCCGAGGAAAGCGCGAGGAAUUGUGUUCUUGUUCUUGACAGCAUGGGCAUAUUUGGCGAUGCAGAGGAUAGAGAUGAGAAUGAGCUUUGGAAGAAGUCGUGGGAGGUCUUGGACAAGGCCAGUCCGCAGCUGCGUCUGCGCAUUUUCCCUGCUUCUGUCGAAGAAGCAUCAGCACCUGAUCAUCCGGAAAGUGCCGCUGUCGUUUCAACAGAGACAGAAGCACAGCCGGAUAAGAAUAUUUCUGAGUCCAUGCCUGUUGACGCAGUGACAGAGCCCAAUGGCACUAUUGCUGAUUCUGCUGAUGUCGUCAUCGAUGCUGUUGAUGUUGCCGACGCUGCUGCGGGUACUGUGGGCGACGUUGAUCCCAAAUCUGAUGUUGUAGUCGAAGGACAAUCUGAAUUGCCCGUUUUGACUGCUGACAAGCUGGACAAUGCCUGUCUGCUGAGCUCGCCAUCCGAGACAACUGGCACUUGUGACGUGGACCACCACUCAGAAUCUAAGAAGAAGAGGAAGAACAGGGUCAAUAUCAUCACUGUCGCCUGA